GUGUAAAAAAUGCAAAAUUUAAAAAAAAAUUUAUAAAUUGUUACACAAAAACUUAUUUAGAAAUUUUCUCAAGAUACACUGAUAUGCUUUCUGCUAAUGAGGAUGGCGGAAUUGAUCUUUUAGAUUUAAAAUCAAAUAUCCUUCAUACUUAUAGAUUUAUUCAUAAGUUUUUAGUAACUCAAUUAGAUAAUUUUAAUAAGACAAGAUGUAUAGAUUUGGAAAUUGACCAAGAAUUUGUUAAUUGUCCUAAUUAUAACCAAUCAAGAAAUUAUAAUUUGGACAAUAUGAUUUGUGUUUCAAAGAAAUUAAAAAAUAGGCUGCUCCAAACUGACGAGGAACUAAACAUCAUAGACAUUCAUCAAAAAAAAUUAAAAAAUAGCUUUAUUUAUAAAAUUUUCAAAUUAUCAUUCAACGUAGGAGAAUAUUGGGAUUUUUUACCAAAAAAUAUUAUAUUGUAUGAUUUUAUGAUGAAUGGACAAAACGUUUACGAGAGAGACAUUACGUUCGGAUCACAAGCACGACAAUAUCAAAUAUUGGAAAAUGAACGACCUAAAUAUGUUUUAGACAUACUUCGCUUUGCACCUUUAAAUAAAAAAUGUGGAGAUGGAAGUCAAGUUACACUUUUUGAUUUAUUCAGGUAUGUCAAAUAUACUAUUUACCGAUCCGAUGUAGUAAUCUUUCAUUCACUUGUACUUGCAGCAACAUUUCGUCCUUUUGCCUUAAUUAUAAGAUUUUAUAUAAAAAUUUUUAGUGGUUUUAAAUUCAUUUAUAACUUAAAAAAACCGGAUAACACUAUUAUAACUUUUUAUAAUAAUAUGAGGAAAGUUGGUUCAAAUAUCAUUGAUUAUUUUCAAUUCUUCAUUGAUUUAAAUAUUUUCGGUGAUGGUCCUACAAAGAUAUUUAGACAAUUUUUGAUUCAAACUAUUGAAUGUAUUGAUAAUUUGAAUAAUAACAAAUAUUUUAAUAAAACUUUGGUCGCUGAUCUGUCAAACGCAUUAAAAAAAUUUAUAUAUGAUAAUAAAAUGGACUGCAAAAUUCCAACUGAUGCUGUUACAUUAAUAAAUAUUAAUGCCUACUACGAAGAAUUGAUUAUUCAGGUAAAUCAAAUUGGAGUAUACAUUAAAGAAUUAGAGAAAAACAUACAAUUGUUUAAUUAUAUGAAAAAAACUGGGAAUGUAGAUCUUGCAUCGAGUUAUCCAUUUAUUUAUAUGCUAAAACCAUUUACAUUAGAUCUUUUAUGUCAGUCUGAUUUUUAUGCUCCGUUGAAAAAAUUGGAUGAAUAUUAUAAUACCCAAAUCAGUGAUGUUAAGGAGAUGAAACAGGAAUGUAAACAUGAAAUUACCAAUAAAGAUUCAACAGAAGUUACAAGCAAGCAACAUCUUCAAAAUGACAUAGUACCAAUUAUUCGUAGAUGGAAUAUAAUUACUUAUAAUGAAUCUCCAAGAUAUUUUGAAAAUUAUUUUCUUUCUUUAGAUGUAAAAAAUCAUUAAUAACUCAUACAAAUCAAUGAAGUUAUGUUUGAGUACACGAUAAUCUAGUAUGUCUUAGCUUUAAUAAAUUUUGGUCUAGUUAAUA